UUCAUAUCCCUCCCUCCAAAGUAAUAUAAUUCGACCCAAAUUUUUUCUCCCUCAAAACAAAAUAAUGUCGUCAAGUUGGGGAGACGAAGAGGAGUUUACAGAGGAGGAUCUUCUCGCAAUCGAGGCCAUAGAGGCUUCCCAUCUCUCCCAAUCGUCGUCUUCUUCUUCUUCGACCGUACGGCCUGCGAACUCAAAUCCAAAUCAGAUCCGGCGCCAAUUGCCUCGUUCCAUCACUUCUCCCACACCCUCGAAGCGAUUUCCACUCUCUCGUUGCAGAGCUAAGAAUUUUCCAGCGAUGAGGUUUGGAGGUAGGAUUUUGUAUAGCAAGACUGCUAGUGAGGUUGAUAGGCGAGCAAUGCAGCUUCUUAAGGUUCUCGAUACCAAGAAAGAUCAUUCUGGGAGAGCUUUUAUUGGCUUUGAUAUUGAGUGGAGACCCAGUUUUAGAAAAGGUGUUCUCCCAGGGAAGGCUGCAGUUGUGCAGAUAUGUGUAGAUAAUAGUUAUUGUGAUGUAAUGCAAAUUAUACACUCUGGAAUCCCACAGAGUCUCCAACAUCUUAUUGAGGAUUCAUCUCUCGUAAAGGUAGGUAUUGGAAUCGACGGUGACUCUGUGAAGCUAUUCCAUGACCAUGGAGUGUCCAUCAAAGAUGUCGAAGAUCUUUCUGAUUUAGCCAACAAAAAAAUUGGCGGAGGUUUGAAAAAAUGGAGCCUUGCGUCACUAACUGAGACACUUGUUUGCAAAGAGCUCCUUAAGCCGAAUCGAAUCAGGCUCGGAAACUGGGAGGUGCGUCCUCUGUCAAAGGAGCAGUUACAGUAUGCAGCAACCGAUGCUUAUGCUUCAUGGCAUCUUUACCACGUGCUAAAGGACCUUCCUGAUGCUGUGGAUGGAUCAUAACGUGGACGACGAACCUUAAAGGUUAACCACUAGAUGCAGUCUUACGGAUUUGCAAAAUAACAUUUGAACAUUGUGUCUAGUUGCAAACCACUUUGGUCGUAACUCAUGCUCGGUUUAAAUGUUUCUUCGGUAUAAAAUAAAGUAUAAGGUCCUGGAACAAUCGAGAAACCAGGGGCUUUGUGGUGAGCUUUUUGAUUCAGACUUGGAGUACAAUGUAAAGAUUUGAAAAGCUCUUCCACACUCUUUUUAUGUUCUUAUAAAUAAAUCUUAGAAACUUAUUUAAGCAAAA